CUUUCACCGCCGGGCACUGACAGACAGCCGGGGAGACGAACAGCGUCUUCCCGCUCUGCGGCUCUCACGCUUCUCGUCAUCAUGACAGCCAAAACCAAAUGGGGGGCGGUAAAGGACCAAGUGACUGGAGGCCCCGCCCACGACCCAGAUGCCACGCUGGAGGCGAAUCUGGAGAACGCAGACCCUGAGCUGUGCAUCCUCCUGCUGCAGGUUCCCACGGUAGUGAACUACUCUGGUCUGCGGCGGCGGUUGGAGGCCAGUGACCAGGCGUGGAUGGUGCAGUUCCUGGAGCUGCGGGGUCUGGACCUGCUGAUGGAGGCGCUGGAGCGUCUGUCCGGUCGCAGCUGUGCUCGCAUCGCCGACGCUCUACUGCAGCUGACCUGCGUCGCCUGCAUCCGCGCCGUCAUGAACUCCUCUGCAGGACUUCACUUCAUCCUGGACAACGAGGGCUACGUCAGGACCCUGACCCAGGCUCUGGACACGUCCAACGUCAUGGUGAAGAUGCAGGUGUUUGAGCUGCUGGCAGCUCUUGCUCUGUUUGACCCUCGAGGACAUCACCUGGCUCUGGACGCCUUCGACAGCUACAAGAGUCUGAAGAAGCAGCAGUACCGCUUCAGCGUGAUCUUGAAUGAGUUUCACGGUACCGACAACGUCGCCUACAUGGUGACGCUGAUGAGUGUCGUCAAUGUGCUGGUGCUGGGACAGGAAGACCUGAGGAAGAGGGACCGACUGCGACAGGAGUUCAUCGGCCUGCAGCUGCUGGAUCUGCUGCCCACACUCAGGGAGACGGAGGACAAGGACCUGAACAUCCAGUGUGAUGGGUUUGAGGACUCUCUGACAGAGGAUGAGGAGGAGAUGGAGAGACUGUACGGAGGCAUCGACAUGAGCAACCACGAGCAUGUCUUCACCUCUGUCCUCACCAAGGUGUCCAGCAGUCCGUCCUCGGUCCAGCUGCUGUCUGUCCUCCAGGCCUUGUUGUUGGUGGACCCGGACAAAGCCCCGGUCUGGUCGGCUCUGGAGCUGUUGGCGGACCGAGCCACGCUGCUGGCCCAGGACCCUGAUGUGGAUUCUGUCGACUGUGUGCUGGAGAGGCUCCUCCCCCAAAGGUCCAUCUCAGCCAAUCGCAAGAUCCGAACCAUUGACAGGGCAGUACAGACACGACUACCUGACAGUCCCCCCAGCCAAUCAGAGACAACACCAUCUUCAGCAGCGUCUUCUCAAGCUCCUCCCACUUUGCCCUCACCUGAUAUGAAAGCUGCACCACCUCCUCCUCCCUCACCUGGUAUGGGAGUCCCACCCCCUCCCCCUCCCUUACCUGGUAUGGGAGCCCCACCCCCUCCUCCUCCCUUACCUGGUAUGGGAGCUCCACCCCCUCCUCCUCCUCCUCCCUUACCUGGUAUGGCUCCUCCACCCCUUCCUCCAGGUGACAUCAUUAUAGCCCAGGCAUUUCAAGGUCUGGGCAGGUCAUAUUACAGCCCCCCACCUCACACAAGCCCCGCCCCCUGCCCCACCCUGCGUAUGAAGAAACUGAACUGGCAGAAGCUCCCGUCCAGAGCGCUGACAGCUCCUCAGUCCCUGUGGACUUCGUCAUCUUCAGACUCUGUGGAACCGGAUUACUGCAGCAUCGAGCAGCUCUUCAGUCUCCCCCCGACCGAGACCAAGACUAGAACCAAAACCAGGACCGAACCCAAAGAGAUUUCCUUCAUUGAUGCCAGGAAAAGUCUGAACCUCAACAUCUUCCUCAAACAGUUCAGAUGUUCCCAUGAGGACUUUGUGUCUCUGAUCUGGAGAGGAGACAGAUCCAAGUUUGAUGUCGAGGUCCUGAAACAGUUGAUCAAACUGCUGCCAGAGAAACAUGAGAUAGAGAACCUGAAGUCUCACCAAGCAGACAGGGACAAGUUGGCGUCAGUGGACCAGUUUUACCUGCAGCUGCUGGACGUUCCCGGUUACUCUCUGAGGAUUCAGUGUAUGUUGCUGUGUGAGGAGAGCAGCUGUGUGUUGGAGAGUCUGAAGCCCAAAGCUGAAGUUCUGGACCGAGCCUGUCAGAGUAUUAGGGAGAGCACUCGGCUGCCCAGCUUCUGUAAACUCAUCUUGAGUGUUGGAAACUUCCUCAACUAUGGGACUCACACAGGGAACGCUGAGGGUUUUAAGAUCAGCACUCUGCUCAAACUGACAGAAACCAAAGCCAACAAGUCCAGAAUCACCCUGCUGCACCACAUCCUGCAGGAGGUGGAGGAGAACCACCCUGACCUGCUCAACCUGCCAGACGAUUUGGAGAUCUGUGAAAAGGCUGCUGGGUUUAACGUGGAGUCGAUUCAGUCUGAAGCGAACACUCUGAUCAAACAGCUGAAAAACUCUGAGAGCAGAGUUUCCUCUUCAUCUGAGGACCUGAAGGAGCAGUACCUGUCCACCAUACAGGACAGCCUGCAGUCCUGUGAGCAGCUGCAGCAGCUGUUGUCCUCGGUGGAGGACAGGAGGACAGAUCUGUCCGUCUACCUGUGUGAAGACAGCAGCAACUUCUCCCUUGACGAACUCUUCAACACCAUCAAGACCUUCAGAGGACUGUUCCUCCGAGCCGUCAAGGAGAACGGGAGUCGCAGGGAGCAGGAGAGGAGGAGGAAGCAGCAGGAGGAGGAGAGGAGACACAGAGGAGAUGACAAGAUCAUCAGGAAGGACGUGUCCAACCAGGACGGCGGCUGCAUCAUCGACAACCUGCUGGCUGAGAUCAGGAAUGGCUACAACCUGAAGAGGACCAGACCCCGAGCCGAGAGGGGCGGCAGAAUCCACGAUCAUCCUGGGGUCAUACAGAGGUCAGCGGCUGUGGACGAGCCCUCAGGCCCUCCAGAGACAGUCCAGGUUCCCACAGAUCCACCAUCAGAAACGAGACCAGAACCAGAGACUGACAGCCUCCCCACAGAGACCCAAAACCUCCCUGAACACGUCUCCCCUCCUGCUGCUGACACGGAGGGGGGCCAGAGCCAGACCAGAUUCCAGGACUCUGAGGUGGACUCUGGUCCUGACUCAGAGACUAGAGUCGGAGCUCCUGCAGGAGAGGAGGAGGUCCAGCUCAGACCAGAGGAUCCAGGAACAAAGCAAGAUUUAAACAAAGUAAACAGGAAUGAGGAGUCUGAGUUUGAGGAGAUCACAUCGUUAGAGGCCAGAACACCCAACCACGAUGAUCCAGAUCCUGGUCCAGACAGACCAGCAAAGUCCAGGACCGGUUUAGCAGGAGCCGACACCCCCUCUGGAUCCAAACACUCAAAAACUAAGAAAGGAUGUGUUUCACACUGAGAUGGACAGAGGAUGACUCGUCUCCACGACAACAGGACUGAAUCUGUCUUCAUGAAACAUGAAAAAUAAAAACAGGUUUAGUGUUUUUAGAAAAAUCUUUUAUUUCUCUGUUUAAAGUUAAAAGUAUGUGUCACCUGAGAUUCUUCACCAUUAUUAUCACCUGUUUCCUGAAGUGACUCGGCUUUAAUCCACUGACCCUCCACAAACCUGCUGCUCUUAAUCUGGUUUGAUCUGGAUCCUGGAUUUAUUCAGGUUUUAGUUGUUGGAUUUCACUCGAAGAUCAGUGAACACUUAUUUUGAUAAUCAAAUCAUUGUUCCAGAUGUCAGACAGUCCCAUGUCUGACUCCGACUCUGAGAAAUGAUAAAAUUAUUAAGUGAUCAAUAGAUUAAAGAAGAAAAUAAUCAGCAGAUUAAACAAUAAUGAAAUAAAA